GUCAAGCUUUUCAGCAGGAAGAUGGCCAGUGCGAGCCCGCCGGCGGCGGUGGCGAUGGCGGAUGAGGCUAAGUUGCAGAAGAUUGAGCUGGAGGACGGAAGUUGGAUGCGUGGGCGCUUGGAGAAUGGCGAGCUGCAGGGGCGAGUUGAGCACUUUAUGGCGGAUGGCACCCGUCGCAUCUGUACCUAUGUUGAAGGUGCCAUGCACGGUACCCAGGAGCUGCUGGACGGGGAUGGAAGCUUGCUCAGCAUUAUGACUUUUGAGCAUGACCAGUUGCAAGGGCGUUGUGAGCUGCCCUUGGAAGAUGGCGGGCGCAUCAUCGCCUACAUUGAUGCUUCAGUGGAGGAGCAGACGGAAGCUGAUGACAAACAGGAGAUGGAGGGUGCCAAAUCGGGUGGCGACACGGCUCAGGUCACUAACGUGGAACAAGAACGAGCGAGGGGAGAACAGUCGAAGGAAAGCAGCGUAGAGGACGAAGAGGACGAAGAGGACGAAGAAGAGGAGGAGGAGGAGGAAGAUAGUAUGGCAGCGCUUCCAGAGUGGCUAACGUGUCAAAUCGGGGCAUACAUUUAUCCGGGACAAGUGUGUGCGCUGAUUGGGCGCUUUCACGGCGGGCGACUCGUGUGUGGUCACGCAGGGUCCGUGGCCGAGGCCGAAGAGCUCAUCAAUGCAGCAGUGGUCGGUCGCGGGCAUGUGGCGCUGGCUCGCUGGUCCUGCGGCUGUCCAUGUGUGGGGCGUCAGCUUCCCGUUUACUUUGGCGAAGCCGUGAGCUCGACCACCAUUGCCGAGCGUCCGCUGCAGCCAGAUCCGUUGGAGCAGGCCAUGGUCAAUGUACGGCCAUCACUUUUACCAGCCUCGGGGGAGGGUCUCUUCACGAGCAAACCAGCAACGGCUGGUACCAUUGUGGCAUUUUACAGCGGCGUACGCGUGGCACAGGACGAGGUUGACCAGCGGGACUGGGAUGAAACCGACUACACCCUGAGCGUGGAUGAUGAUUGCUGUGUUGAUGUACCACCAGUCUACCGUUCACUCGGCAUUUACUGUGCAACCCUGGGUCACAAGGCAAACCAUUCCUUUGACCAGCAGAACGCUCAAUACGAGCCCUGCUGGCAUCCGCGCUUCGGACCGAUCAAAUGUCUGCGCUUACUCAAGGACUUGGCUGCUGGAGAGGAAGUGUAUGUGCAUUAUGACUACGAGGUUGGGCAGAUCCUGGCUGAAUAUGGCCGGGCACCGCCCACCACCGAGCCAGCCGAUGCACCGCAGUGGUUCCUGGAGCAGCUGCACCGGCAUCUCAAGGCCACAAAAGUGGUAGGAUCCGCGACUGGGCCCGAGUGAGCGGCCACCACGAGGCGGCUAUUCCUACCCGUUUACACAUGAAGAAUGUAAUAAUUGACCGCAAGAGUGU